AUGGUGAGAAGCUCAUUGUCUGACGCAGAACUAGUUCUAACUGGGUUCGCAGACGAAAAGUUUCUCUUCUCCGAGAAGAGGACGGUCGAGGAGGUUAUGCACUACACGAGAGAGAACGCCAAGGACAUCAUCGCCAUUGGCUUCAAUCCCGAGCGCACCUUUAUUUUCUCCGACUACGACUACAUGGGCGGCGCAUUCUACAAGAACAUCACCCGUGUGUCUAAGAGAAUCACAGUCAACACUGCCAAGGCCGUGUUCGGCUUCGACGACAGCUCCAACAUUGGAAAGGUCCACUUCGCCAGUAUCCAGGCAUCUGCGGCCUUUGCCAACUCCUUCCCUCACAUCUUUGGCGACGACGAGGCACGCACCACUCAAAUCCCCUGCCUCAUCCCCUGCGCCAUCGACCAGGACCCUUACUUCCGCGUCACCAGAGACUGCGCCGCCGGCUUGCGGUACGCCAAGCCCUCGCUGCUGCACUCGCGUUUCUUGGACGCCCUGCAGGGCCCCGGUUCCAAGAUGUCGGCCUCGAUCGAGAGCAGUGCUAUCUUCAUGAAGGACACUCCCAAGCAGAUCCAGACCAAGAUGAGCAAGUACGCGUUUAGCGGUGGUAAGGUCACGGCGGAGGAGCAGCGCGCUGAGGGUGCCGACCCCGAUGUCGACGUCAGCUACCAGUACCUCCGCUUCUUCCUCGAGGACGACGCCGAGCUCGAGCAGAUUCGCGAGGACUACCGCACCGGCAAGAUGCUUACCGGCGAGAUCAAGAAGCGCUGCGCCGAGGAGCUGGCCAAGUACUGCACGGGCUUCCAGGAGCGCAGAGCAAAGGUCAACGACGAGACGGUCGACAUGUUCUUCUCGCGCCGGCCGCUCGUCUGGGCCGGUUCCGAGAACCUCAAGUCCAUUCCCAUCCGCGACAAGGCUGCCGAGGGUGCUGCUGCGGAGGGUGGCGACGGCAAGCUGACCAAGAACCAGCUCAAGAAGAUUGAGAAGCAGAAGCAGAUUGAGGAGAAGAAGGCCGCCAAGUUGAGGGAGAAGGAGGCCAAGGCCGCUGCUGGUGGUGAGGCUGCUUAG